ACGCAGUGGAGGUGGGGUUGUACGAAGGAAGCUGCUCGUGAAGCACAUCGAGCAAAACAAAAGCGAUUAAACGAAACAUUUUGCGACCACAUUUAUCUGCUGAUGCUCUGUGUCCCCAGGUUUGCUGAUGAUGUCAGGUUUUGCGUCUUCUUCCUCCAAGAGUUUAACUUCCACUCCGCUCAAAUCCAAACCCAGCGUCCUGCAGCGCAGCAGAAGUGUAGAAUCCACAGGUGACUCCACCUCCUCUCUGCUGUCACCCAUCUAUCAUGACAGCUUUGAGCUAUCAGAAGAUGAACCAGACCACCAUCACGCUCAGCCCGCUAACAACAACAAAACCGUCACGUUACGGGAAGAUGUUGCACCUGGAGAGGGAUCCAGGGAUGAAUCUGGUACGGCGGACAGGUCUUCUGAUGCACAGUUCAUGCUGGGUGCCUGGGAGCAGUGGCUCGUGGAUAAAGCCCGAGAGGAUCGUGUCAGAAAGCAACAGAAAGCUCUGGAGGAUCUGGCACUGAAGGAAAAGCAGGAACGAGAGAAAACCCAUCAGCUGAAGAAGAAAGUCGCCAGCGAUGGGAAAAUUCAAGAAUGGCUGCAAAUGAAACGAGAGCAGGAAAAGAACAAAAGCAUUUCCAAGGAGUUCCAGAAAAGCAAAGAACAGCUUCAAGAGGAGAAAAGACGUGCAGGCAUUGAAGUCAAAGCCCGGGAGAAAUACAAAGAGUGGCUGAGACAAAAGAAACAGGAGGAAAUGGAGAGGAAGCUGAAAGAGAAGGAGGAAGCCGCCCGGAGAGAAAUGGAAGAGCAGGAGCGUAAAAAACAGGCGGAUGAGAGCUUUAAAGAAUGGCUGGAGUCGAUAAAAACUAAAGGAAAAGUGAGUCGACAGUCUUCAUGCUCGGCCGGCAACUAUAACAACGUGAAUUAUCCAUCGCCAAGCUUCGUAAACCCCAUUCCGUGGAAGCCCAUUCACAUCCCCAAGCAGGACAGAACGCCUAAGAAGAGUUUGGGAUGUAAGAAAACAUCUGGACCGCCAAAAAGCCAGUCGACCCCCUGUCUCACCUACAGACCUAAAGACACUCUCAGCUUUGCUUGCAAAAGACGGUGACGUUGGCAUCUGCUGGUCUGAGAUCAGUGUUGGACAAAAACAGAUCAAACUCAAGAUGAGUCAAUUGAAUAUUUCUGCAGGUAUUUAUGAAGUGUAUUCGGAUGAGCUACUAGCUCGACGAUACAGAAUCCACAUGUUAUACAGGACGUGUUGGAUCCAUCCAGAGGCGGAUUUGUAAAUCUGCAGGUUUGAUGUUCCUUGUGGAUCUCAUUGUUUAGGCCUUUGGCAAAGUUAUCACAAAUGACACAUUCUGGUGGCAUAUUUUCACAUUCCAUACUUGCUAUUUGUGGAUUUAACAAAUUUUUGGUUGAGUGUGAACCGUAUUGUUUUUGUACAGUUUUUCUCUUUCAAUAAAAGAUAUUUGGAAGUGUUAUGCAUUUAGAUG